AUGGCCGCCGACGAUAAACAAAUUAUUUUGGACACCAAAGUACUGUCUCUGGGGAAGAACGAACUGAUCGAAUUUGCCUUGUCGUUGAAGAUUGAUAAAUCAAAGGUAGAAGGAAAGAGUAAGGUACAAAUAAUUAAAGAGAUUCGUAAUGCACUUGAAGUAAACUUAAGUACUUUUACCGAGGAAGACGAUAAAGUCAACUAUUUAGAUGGGUUAAUUUCUGCCUUAAAUCCCGAGACAAGCGAAACUGGGGCCAAAAUAUCGGAAGAACAAACUGAGAUACAAAAUCUCGAGAAGGAAUUGUCGGAACUCGAAAUAAAACGAAAGGCGAUUGAAGAUAAACUGUCGCAUACGAAGAAAUCUAAAAUUUCUGAAAAUGAAAGUGGAAGUACCACUAAGAUUUCUGCUGAAUCAGCAAAAUCACCUUUGUUUGGGUUGAGUUCUACGAUUCUCCAUCGAGAUUUCAAAAUCCAAGGUAUUAUUGGGCAACCCUCCCAAAAAGAUAAGUUGGGCUACCAAGCUUUGAUGUCUCAGAUAGAGACGGGUAAAGAUAAAGGCUAUUCAGACAAAGAAAUUAUGACCGCUGUUAUUCGGGCUGUGCAACCGGGGAUGCAACUUAGAAGUUAUCUUGAAAGU